AUCAAGCGCCUCCAUUUCGGCGAACUGACAAACAUGGCGUCCCGUAGCCAUGUGGAAAGCAAAUUCAAUUCAGAGGUUGCGGAGCGACGUUUGCGGCCAAUUUAUGAUUGCCUGGACAAUGGGAACAAUAAGAAAGCUCUUCAGGAAGCAGAUAAAGCAUUGAAAAAACAGAAGGACUUUCAGUGUGCAAAGGUAUUGAAAGCACUGGCACUGCUGAGAUUAGGACGGCAGGAUGAGAGCUCAACACUGCUGGAGGAAGUCCACAAGCAACACCCUACUGAAGAUUCCACCUUGAAUGCAAUGGCAAUAUGCUAUAGGGAAAUACAUAAAUUGGACCUUAUAGCUGACAUGUACGAGAACGCAAACAAGUCACGCCCAGGCAAUGAGGAGAUCCUGACCCACCUGUUUAUGGCGUACGUACGUCUUGGACACUACAAGAAGCAGCAGCAGACGGCCAUGGCGCUACACAAGGUCCAGCCACAGAAGAACCCCUACUGCUUCUGGGCGAUCAUGAGCAUUGUCAUGCAGGCUCAAAAUUCACCUGACUUGGCAAAGAAGAUGUUCCUUCCACUGGCCGAAAGGAUGACAAAGAAGUUUGUUGAUGAAGACAAGAUUGAAGCAGAAGCAGAGGUGCAGAUGUAUUUAAUUAUUCUAGAACACUCUGAAAAAUAUGAAGAAGCAUUGGAAGUUUUACAGGGACCUCUCGCAGCUAAACUCAUGAGUGAGUUGGACUUUAAGGAGACAAAGAUGGCAGAGCUGUUUACCCGAUUGAAGAACUGGCAGAAAUCCAACACAGCAUACAAGCAACUGCUCUGCAAGAAUCCAGAUCAUAUUGGUUGGUGGAAGGAGUACAUACGCUCCACAAUUGAACUUUCAAGAUCUACAAAAGACUUGGAUAUUAUGGUGAACAGCGAAGUAGAGGUCGACAACACACUUGAGAAUGCUCUCAGCUUCAUAGAGUCGUGCCGCAGUGGGCUGGAGGACAGGUACCAAUGCAGGGGUCCCUUCCUGGCGCAACUGGAGCUCAUAAAGCAGUGCCAACAUGCGGGCAUCAAGUGGACAGAAUAUGGAAAUCCUGUGGCGCUAUUGGAUGGCUACUAUGAGAUGUUUGGAGACAAGUACUGUUGUUUUAGUGAUAUUCGAACAUAUCUGGAGAUACUGAAUGAAAGUGAACAAACCAAGCUGGCAGAGUUAUUACUCAGUAAAAACAAGUACGCAAAUGCAGAUGGAUCUUUGAUAUUUGUAGACAAUGUAAAACAAAUGCAGCGACACAUCACCUCGUUGCAGCUGCGACAGUGUUUAGGUUGCUAUGGCAACCUGUCUAGCGAGGAGAAGCGCUCACUGGCUCAUGAGCUGGUCCAACGCCACACCCAGGGAAUACAUUUUGGUUCUGAGCUACUGACCACAGACUUGCAAUACUGUGAUAGUUAUUUACUGCUUGCUGUGGCACUCUUAUUAGAUAUCAUGCAUACAAACGGUGACAGGAGACUAGUAUGGGAGUGCAUCAUUCUGUUGGAGCAAGGCUUGGUGCACAGUCCUUCCAGCUCACAAAUCAAGUUGCUUCUCAUACGCCUCUACUGUUCAGUAGGUGCAUUUGGUCCGUGCCCCAACCUGUAUGAUAGCAUGGAGAUCAAGCACAUUAUGAAUGACACCCUGGGCUACAUCGUAUCCAGCCACGUAGGCAGGCUGGGACAUUUCAUGGCCGCUUGCUCUGUGUAUGGGACAAUGCUGCGCUUUUUUACUGUUAACCACAAAGAGACAGCAGAGUAUUUGAUAGCUUCCUACAAGUAUGGUUCUUUUACAAAGAUUCUGGAGUUUGUUCAGUUUCGAGAGCGCCUACAGAACUCCCUGCAGUUUGCAAGUGCAGGAGUGGAGAGGAAGCUCCUGGAUAUCAUCCUCGACACGAGCAGCCAUUCCACAACUGAACAGAUGGUGAUGUACAUGGAGAUCGAUCCUGCAAAUAUAAAAACCUGUUAUGAUCGUCUCCGUGACAACCGUGACCUGUCAGUGGUUCUGUGCUGGGACCCGUCCUCCAGUUACGACAUGGAAGCACUUCAGCAGCAGUCUCUUAAGGAGGAGCUGGCCUGGUUGAAGGUUCGAGACCUGAUGCUGCACAUUUUGGCUGGCUGUGUUAAGCUGGGACAGGAGAUUGACCACGACCACCAAACCAAGAACGGCAUUGCCAAUGAGGGCCCUGUGCCUCUGCAUUUGAUGCUGUCAGAUCUCCAGACACAGCUCUCCAAUCACAUAGAAACAUGUAGGCAGUGCUAUUCUCAGGAAAUAAAGUAUCCUAUACAAGGUCCAUUCCGCACCCGACUGAGCACCUAUCUGAGGGGAGGCUACUCCAGCAUGUUCCUAGAGAUGCACAGCAAUGUACUAUAUGUGCAGAGCCUCUCUGAUAUUGAUUUAGAGAAAAUUGAAGCAAGUAAAGAAGAGAGUUUGAAAUCAAAAGUGCCAACUAUUGCAGAAGAGCUUAUGCAGAAAUACCCUUGUGUCCUUCUGCUGGAGGAUGGAGACAGGAAGAGUAUUGACCCAAUGGUUCUAGAACAUACCGUGUUACUGGCAGAGUCAUUGUCACACAUGUGUGUGAUGGUGGGAGUUUGCUACAGACUUUUGAAGCCUGUGAAGACUGUACUUGCCAGGAGGAACAAGAAGAAGAAAGACAAUCCUAUACCAAUGCCUCCCACAUUUGAGAACUUCAACGAGCUAGUGUCAGGUUUGGAGCGUGUGUGCCAGUGCCUGCACCGGUCCGCGUCCAGUCUGGACCCAAUCUACCUGGGGCUUGAUCUCGGCACCCUCAGCCUAGCAGAACACAUGCCUGGUGAUCAGGAGAAGGAUGUAGCAAAAGAAGUUUGGAAGAAGGUGGAGGCUGGUUACCAGCAGUCAGUUCUCGAGAUUACCGAGCUUCUACACAAAAAACUCCAGUACCUAGGUGGCCUGCACUUGUGAUGAUGGUCUACGUUUAGUUGGGGUCUUUGCUGAAUGGAGUCCGCGACAUCGGAUGCAAUAGGAAAUGCAAUCAGCUGUUACAACAGUUCAAAUGGUCUGAAAGUCAAAGAUUAUCUAUGGCUUAUUUAGAUGGGGUGCAGACAGUAUUUGUCAGUGUAUGGUGUGUUUAAAGUCUCAGAUACAGACACAGGCCAUGUUGAUGCGUGUUAGGUUUAGAUGUUGUUGCAGCUGGUUGAAUAUCUAGUACUGUAUUGAAUAUGUGUCAAGGAAACAGACAGUAACUGAUAAACUGUUAAGAGCUUCUUGUACAUGUUUGGAAUGAUUUUGACACUUCCCAUUGCAAGUCAGCAACAAUUUGGCUUACGAUGUGUUGUCCAGUUCAUUGUCAUUGUGCUGUUCAAAUAUUGAUUGUUCUAAUAAUGGUUUGUUUAUAUUCCCAAUAGUAUUUUUAACAUAUUUCAUACCCCAUGCUUUCCGUGUUAAUCAUGUGUCUUAUUUAUGUUGUUUUUAUCCCAACAUUCUUAUGAAUGUUGUGCGUUAAGAUUGAUUCAUGUAUUUAUUUCUUGUUGUCAGAUAAUGAAUCAGGAAAACCAGAUUUGCAAGUUGAGAUUUGUUAAAACCAUUAUUUACAUUUGAGUUGUAAUUCCAUGAAACAUGUUUUAUGUGCAAGAAUAGAUAUUGAGAGAACAAGUUGAAUCUGAGAUUAUAGAUCUAGCUUGGAUGCAAUACUUGGGUGUUUUAUUUUUCUCACUUAGGCAAAAGGAAUUCUGUUAGCUGUUAAGCUUCUGCAUGAGGGUAGUUUUUCAGACACCUGACUGAAAUGUUAAGAAAUACUGCUUAAGCUAACCAUAUGCUAUAUAGCAAAUGUGUCAUAACAAUAAAUUGUAUUAGUAAUUGUUUUUAGCUCGCCUAUUAUAUAUGAAAUAUAUAUAGUGGAGCUAUCCUACUCAACCCGGCGUCGGCGUUUCCGUUCUGUUAGCGUGCAAAUGUUAAAGUUUUCGUACUACCCCAAUUAUUUUCAUUGUUACUUGACAUAUUGCUUUCAUAUUUUGCAUACUUGUCUACCAACAUGACCCCAAUCUAUAAACAAGAGCAGACAACUCUAUCAAGCAUUUUGUCAUAAUCAUGGCCCCUUUUCCACUUAAAAUAUGCAUCAAAUGUUAAAGUUUUCGUACUACCCCAUUUAUUUUCAUUGUCCCUUGACAUAUUGCUUUCAUAUUUUGCAAACUUGUUUACCAACAUCACCCCCAACAUAAAAACAAGAGCAGACAACUCUAUCAAGCAUUUUGUCAUAAUUAUUGCCCCUUUUAUACUUAGAAUAUGCAUAUUAUUGAUAAAUCUAUGUUCAUAGAAUAUGCAUAUUAUUGAUUAAUCUAUGUUCAAGUUUGCGUACUACCCCAAAUAUAUCCUAUAUCCUUUGACAUAUUGCUUUGAUAUGUUGCAUACUUGUUAACCAACAUGACCCCAACCUAUAAACAAGAGCAGGCCACUGUAUCAAGCAUUUUGACAUAAUUAUGGCCCCUUUUACUUUUAGAUAAUUGAACAUUUUGCUUAAAUUGCCAUAACUUCUUUAUUAAUGAUCACAUUUUAUUAUUACUUUGACAAAACAACACUUACCUGAAUACCACAAUGGAUUCCACCCAAACAAUACCCCAUGCCCCUACCCUGAAUCCCAUACCCCCCCAACCACCCCCC